GACCAUUGUGGGGGCUGCUGCCCUCAUCCUGCUCCUGGUGGCCCUGCUGGCUCGGGUCCUCGUCAAAAGAAAACCACCCAGGGACCCACUGUUCUAUGUUUACGCCGUCUUCGGAUUUACCAGUGUGGUGAACCUCAUCAUAGGCCUGGAGCAGGAUGGAGUCAUCGACGGCUUCAUGGCGCACUACCUGAGAGAGGUGGAGCCGUAUCUGAACACUGCGUACGGCCACAUGAUCUGCUACUGGGAUGGCUCUGUGCACUACCUGAUGUACCUGGUGAUGGUGGCAGCCAUUGCAUGGGAGGAAAGUUACAGAACCAUUGGCUUAUAUUGGGUCGGAUCAAUGGUCAUGAGCAUGAUUGUUUUUCUGCCUGGAAACAUUGUAGGGAAAUAUGGAACACGAGUUUGCCCAGCUGUCAUCUUAAGCGUACCGUACACCUGUCUUCCUGUCUGGGCUGCUUUCAGAAUCUAUAAUCAGCCACCGGAAAAUUACAAUUUUCCCUCAAAGGUCGUCCGAGAAGCCCAAGCUAAGGACCUGCUGAGAAGACCUCUUGAUUUAAUCCUGAUCACGUGCCUCCUCCUAGCAACUGGAUUUUGCUUGUUUAGAGGUUUGAUCGCUUUGGAGUGCCCGGCUGAGCUGUGCCGACUAUAUACCCAAUUUCAAGAGCCCUACCUAAAGGAUCCUACUGCUUACCCUAAAAUUCAGAUGCUGGUGUAUAUGUUCUACUCUGUCCCUUACUUUGUGACGGCGCUGUACGCCUUGGUGGUUCCUGGAUGCUCCUGGAUGCCCGAUGCCACCCUGAUCCAUGCUGGAGGGCUUGCUCAGGCGCAGUUUUCCCACAUCGGCGCGUCUCUUCAUGCUAGAACCGCUUACAUCUACAGAGUUCCUGAAGAAGCGAAAACACUUUUUAUAAUAUUAAACAUAGCGUAUGGAAUUCUUCCUCAGCUUUUGGCCUAUCGUUGUAUCUACAAGCCAGAGUUCUUCAUAAAAACCAAGGCCGAAGAAAAAGUCGAAUAAAAAUAUUGCUUCUUGGUCUUUCUUGCUAAACUACUGACAUUUGCUAUAUUGAUACUGAUGGUGUGUCCCAUUUGACGCCCUCCCUUCCCGUAUCUGUAUAUGUAAUUCCUCUGUACUGUAUGUGUGUUUUAACAGAGUAGUGUGUAGGUAAUUUUUUUAACUUUUUCUGAAGGAAAAUUAAAGUUGUUGAGAGGAACAGUUUCUAAAAGGAAAUGUAUUCUAAGUUAUUUGUAAAUAAAACUGACCACCUAGCUUGAUACUGUUUGCAUUAUAUUAAAGAAUUGUUAGUGUGAAACUUUAUAGUUUAGCUCCUUCAGUAGUAAGCCCGACGACUCAGAUGAUUCAAAGGUGAGUAGGGGCUGUGUAUAUUUACAAAUUCUAAACAGCAAACGUAGAGUGGACAGUUUGUGUGUGUGGACGUCACAACAUGUUUCACUGUCAACCUCAAUAUACAAGGCAGGUCCAUCAAAAUAUUUUUAAAUGUUGAAAACUGCCUUCAUUAAAUUGCUUUGAGUGUGAAUUUAAAGAGCAAUCAAUAAUCAUUACUCUUAAUGAACGUUUACUGGUGACAACAUUUCUAUUGUAUUUCUGUGGAUAUUUUUAAUAAAAUUACUUUUGGCCUUUUA